ACUACUACUCCUUUAAAUCGCGAACCCAAUAAUUUCCAUAAUUCUCUCUCUCUCUCUCUCUCUCUCUCUCUCUCUCUCUGUGUCAGGUUCGGAUAAUCGGAAAACCAUGGGUCAAGGAACUCCGGGAGGUCUAAAUCGGCAGGGUUUGCCAGGUGAUCGGAAACCCGACGGCGGCGAUAAAAAGGAAAAGAAGUUCGAACCGGCGGCGCCACCGGCUCGUGUCGGCCGAAAGCAGAGGAAGCAAAAGGGUCCCGAAGCAGCGGCUCGUCUACCCACAGUGACGCCCUUGACCAAGUGCAAGCUGAGGCUGUUAAAGCUUGAGCGAAUCAAGGAUUAUCUGCUAAUGGAGGAAGAGUUCGUGACCAAUCAGGAGCGUCUCAAACCCCAAGAGGAAAAAGCCGAGGAAGAUAGAUCCAAGGUGGACGAUCUAAGAGGCUCACCUAUGAGUGUUGGGAAUCUGGAGGAGCUCAUCGAUGAGAACCACGCCAUUGUUUCUUCGUCUGUUGGGCCCGAGUAUUAUGUGGGUAUUUUGUCGUUCGUCGAUAAGGAUCAGUUGGAGCCUGGCUGCGCAAUCCUUAUGCACAAUAAGGUACUAUCUGUUGUUGGGCUACUUCAAGAUGAAGUAGAUCCAAUGGUAUCUGUAAUGAAGGUUGAGAAAGCUCCGUUGGAAUCGUACGCUGAUAUAGGUGGAUUAGAUGCCCAAAUACAAGAGAUAAAAGAAGCUGUUGAGCUUCCACUCACUCAUCCUGAGCUGUAUGAAGAUAUUGGUAUCAAGCCUCCUAAGGGGGUCAUAUUGUACGGAGAGCCUGGAACAGGCAAGACCUUGCUUGCGAAGGCAGUUGCAAACUCAACAUCAGCAACGUUCUUACGUGUUGUUGGUAGUGAAUUGAUUCAAAAGUACUUGGGAGAUGGCCCAAAGUUAGUUAGGGAACUCUUUCGAGUUGCUGAUGAUCUCUCUCCUUCAAUAGUCUUCAUUGAUGAAAUUGAUGCAGUUGGAACAAAGAGGUAUGAUGCCCAUUCAGGUGGUGAACGUGAAAUCCAGAGGACUAUGUUGGAAUUACUUAACCAGUUAGAUGGUUUUGAUUCCAGAGGAGAUGUCAAAGUGAUCCUUGCUACAAACAGAAUUGAAAGUCUUGAUCCAGCUUUGCUUCGGCCAGGGCGGAUCGAUAGGAAAAUUGAAUUCCCUCUUCCUGAUAUCAAAACAAGGAGGCGCAUUUUUCAGAUACACACAUCAAGAAUGACAUUGGCUGAUGAUGUGAACUUGGAAGAAUUUGUCAUGACUAAGGAUGAGUUCUCUGGAGCUGAUAUAAAGGCUAUAUGCACUGAAGCUGGCUUGCUUGCUCUAAGAGAACGCCGUAUGAAGGUGACACAUGCGGAUUUCAAGAAGGCAAAAGAAAAGGUGAUGUUUAAGAAGAAAGAAGGGGUCCCAGAGGGUCUUUACAUGUGAAAGGUUGACUCUGGCAUUUGCUUGUAUUUUGGAUUAGAAGUUGCUAUUCUAUUUCAAAAGUCGACUCUCGGUUUUGUAUUUUGGAUAUUAAGUAAUAUUCGACUCUCUUGAUAUGUGAAAGGCUCGCUAUGUAUUACUCUCCAAUUAUAUUUCCUUUUUUUUUUUUUUUUUGGGUAAAUACCAUACAAUUAUAUUUCUUAUUCGAAAUAUGUAGCGAAACAUCCUUCAUUUAUAUUUAUUAUUCUUAUCACGUUGCAACAA